AUGGAAUCCUUGACAGAUGAUCUAUGGACGACGGUACUUGCGAGAUUACCGAUUAAGAGCUUCACAUGUUUCAAACUUGUUUGCAAGCAGUGGAAAUCAAUCCUAGAGUCUCCGUUUUUUCGUAACCUUUUCAUGUCCGUCCACCAAAACUCUCCCUCUUCUUCAUGGUCGCUCAUGUACUAUAGUAUGACCGCAGAUAUGGUGGCUGACUACGAAUGCGACACUUGGGGACUGAAUCGACCUUUGGAUUCUUUCAUCAAGUCUCUCCUAUUCGACAAGUACGAUAAGCACAAAAACCGACACUUCAAUGUGGUGGCUUACUCCGAUGCUGGGUUGAUUUUGAUCCAUACAGAGUCAACCGACAUGGAGAAGGGAGUCCUCUACUUGGCUAACCCUGUUUCACGGGAAUGCGUAGAAAUCUUUCUUGAUCCUCGUCCUAUAGGUAUUGAAAUGAACAAAUAUUGCUGGGAAUGGGGACUUGUCACACGAACUGAGCAAGGCCACCUUUUGGGUUACAAAGUUGUUGCCUUUCAUAAAAAGUGGAACGACACGGAGUUAAGUUGUCUGAUAUAUUCAUCUGAGACAGGCAUGUCGAGUCUGGAAACUUCCGUUGUCAACUAUAAUAUUUCUCUUCAUUCAAUUAGCUUGAACGGUAAUCUUCACUGGCUCGCCCUGAACAAUGACAAUCAAGAAGUUGUAUUAUCCAUGGAUUUCUAUGCUACUGGCAGGGGUUCUAAUCGAUGUCGCGUUUCGCCUUUUCCUGACUUAGAGAAAACUACCAAAUUUAAAAGAACUUGCACACCUUGUCAAGGGUUUCUCAUGUAUAUGAACAUAACCAAACUGGCUGGAAGCCUAGAAGAUAAGUUGUGUGUAUGGAGGCUUCGUAGCGAGGGAUGGCAACUAAUAUCUAAAACCUCCCCAGGUUCUAUCUUGGCCGGUUUCGACUAUCUUCCGAUGACGAUAGACCCCUUUGAUGCGAAAACAGCCUACUUUUGGAGCACCGAACAAGAAAGCUUGCUAUAUAUUAAUUUACACAACGGUAAGUUUGUGAUCCACAAUCAGUUUGAACAUACAAGCGACGGUCACAUUAUGAUUUCCCUUAACGACCCGAGAGCUAUGGUUUCUGUCAAAAGCCCGAUAAUUAUAAAUCACAUCAUCAAACAAGCAUACUUUCUCCCUUUUGUUCUCCCACAAUGGCUGCAUCGGAUCCCUUAAUAGAAGAAUAGAAAUGAUAAGGAAAAAAAGAAAUUGAGUAAAAGAACUGAAACAAGGAAAACUUGUUACUUAUUAUUUUCCCAAA